AACGUUUUGUCUACUCGCGUUGUAUACGUUCACACUACUGUUACACAUUCACUUCCUUCAACGAUGUCUGGUGCUAUUCAUUCUCACAGUGGCCUCCAAGGUAUGUCAGUGGAAUCAAGUUCUUCGGGGCCACAUGUGCGACGACGAGAUGAGAAACAGUGUGCUGUCUGCGGUGACCAUGCAGUAGGCUUUAAUUUUGGUGCUAUCGCCUGCGAGUCUUGCAAAGCCUUCUUUCGCCGUAACGCACUCCGUAUGCCACCGUGUCUGUUCAACGCCAACUGCUUGAUACAGGUGAAGACGCGCCGUUUCUGCUCGCCCUGCCGUCUCGCCAAAUGCUUCGCCGUGGGCAUGCGGAAGUCCUGCAUCAUGGGUGCGUUCCUAACUCUCACCCCCUGUUACGUUUGCCCUGCUUGCACACAAGCGCAUGAAUCGGUGUGUUCAUUUGUUUACCUGACUAUUAUUGGCUCCUUAGGGAUCUUAACCUGUCUGUGGUUUCACUCCCAGAGGCUGAUCCAUUUUGAACCAUUCUUGUGCGUUUCAGCACGUUCUGACCUCAAAAAGAAGGCAAUAUUUGUGGUGACCGUACCUGCACCCUCGACCCACAGUGUCGGGAUCGGUACACGCCAUGUCAUUUCCGCGCUUCCCACGGCCAUAUCACAUGCAUGCGCCUUCUUACAGGUGUCCGAUGACAGUAACCAAUGA